AUGUCUCGCCCAGGCCCCUCAGCACGCAACUUGACUCUUACGGAAGAGCUGGAAAAGCUCGAGCAGUCUAUUACUCUGACACUGCAAGAAAUCGACUCCAACUUCAGCAAAGCUCACCGGAUCGUGACCACCAGCAUUUUACCCAUCGUUGAGCAAUAUGGCGAGAACUCUAGAAAUGUUUGGGAGGCUUCCAAAUUCUGGAAGCAAUUCUUCGAGGCUUCGGCCAACGUGUCGCUUUCUGGCUACGAAGAGCUCGCGAACGAUGAGGACGAGACCGCGGCCAUCGAGGAAUCCACCGUUCAAGACGAGACGUCGGCCAACUACACCCCACGACGCGAGAACGGCGCCGAAGACGAGUCGACAGCAUCAGCCGCCGAGUCUACAUUUCAAGCCGAGGAGUCCAUGAUCGGCGGCGAUGAUGACCUGACGGGUAGUACCCCGCGUCUUCCCAAGACCAAGACUAUUCAGACUCAAUUUUCCAGCCUCGAGUCUCCCUACGAGGCGCUCAAGCGGGAACUCAAGGGCGAGCCGCCGGCACCGCAUGAAGAGGACGAUGAGGACGAAGACCUUGGCAUCGGCGAAGACUCGACUAUUCUCUUUGCACAGCACACUGCCCGUUUGCCAGACAUGUCGAUGACGCCUCGAACGUCGCUCGCCCCAGCCGGUCAACAGUCUGCGCAGCCUCACAAGGACCCUCUGAUGCACCGCAUGCUCGACAAGACAUUCCGUAUCCAGGCCACACCGCACAAGGGCCCUACCUAUCGCGUCUCUCCGCUGAAGCGAGAAGCGAAGCCCAAAGAGGAGGAAGAUGUACCCACGUGGAAACGCCAGGACUCGCCCAUGUCGUCGCCAGUUAUGGCUGUUCCGACGCUACGAAGCGAGGCUUUCAUGUCACCUACCAAGUCCAGGCGUCUCGCUGCAGCCACAGCAGCUGCAGGUCCCCGCACCCCCGGUGUCAGCGUCCAGACGCCUGUUACGGGCCGGAAGACCAAGGACGUCUUCGCCAGCAAGCCUAUUUUCCGGAGUGCCUACGAUGACGACACCACCACGACAGAUAUGGGUGCUGCUGGUCUAGCAAAGGACAAGUACGAGAUCAACUGGGAGAGCGACAGCGACGAGGAACAGGGGCUAUAUGGGGGCAUGAGUCCGCCGAAGACGAUCCAGUUUGCGCUGCCACAAUCGAAGUUGCUUCAGACGCCAGCUCGGGAAGCCAGCAAGCGCAUAGUGGACGAUAUUCUGAUGACGGCAGGUGCCGAACCGGAGAGCCCAGAAUAUAGUCCUACGAUGGUCAAGAUGAACGAAGACAUUCUCGAUGAGAGCUUUUGA